AGAGGGCACUGAAUUCGAUGUUAGGGAAGUCGCCACAUGCUCAGUUUAAGGGAAAUUGAAUUCAUUUUUGUAUCGUUGUUAUUGGGUUUUGUUAAUUAAAGUGUAAACAGUUUAAGCCAUUUUUUUAGAGGUUCAAUUAGGUAAUUUAAUUCACCAAACUUAUGAGACUACGAUACAAUGGGAAAAGACAAGAAAUCAAAGAAGGGAAAGCAAGAGGAAGACUUUGGAAAGGUGGUGGGUGAAGACAAUACUUCCAAGUUAAAAAAUGAUCUUGAAGCAGAAUCUCGGAAUUCUAAAGCAUCAACUAAAAAAGAAAAAAAAGGCAAACAUAAGAAAGAUGAUGACUGGGAGGAGGAUGUUGCUAAAGAGAUUGAAUCCAUGACACUAGAAGAAAAAGAAGUGAAUGGAGCUGGAAAAAAUUUAAAGAUAAAAGAAGAUGAAAAUCAACAAGGACGGGAUCUCAAAGACAAACAAAAGAAAAAGCAGAAAGAGAAGAAGGGAAAGAGUGAUAUUGGUGAAGCUGAAAAUAGUGAUAGAAGUAAUGUGGCUGUUAAAGAUGAUAAAACAGGGAAAAAAGGGAGAGAUGAUGAGGACAAACCAAAAUCAAAAUCUGGUAGACUCAGAGGAAACAAAAUACCAGAUAGUGAUGAAGAUGAUGAAGAUGAGCAAAUAUUUGAUCAGUCUAAAGGACUAAAACUGCAAUCUGUUUACCAACUACUAGAGGAAGAGACAAUGGACUUAGAUGUCAGUCUAGAUAGUGAGGAAGAACAGAAAAUGUCACAUGAAUUUGUAGAAAAUAAAGAAGACUUAGAAGAAGAUAAAACAAAGAAAGAAGAUAAAGGUGGAAAAAAGUCAAAGAAAAAAGAAAGAAAGAAAAAACAGGAUGAUGAGGAAGUAGAUAAAAUGCUUGAGGAACUUGCACUUGAAAUAGAAGGUAAAGUGCCUUCACAAAAGGAAAUGGUACAUCAAGAUGACCAGCUAGAGGCAGAAAGACAAGUAAAAGUGGAGAGUGGAGCAGAAAAGUCAAGUAAAAAAAAGAAGAAAAAAGCUGCUGCAGAAACAGAAGAUACAGAAAAAGAAGAUAAAUUAGAUCAGUCGGAAAUGCAAGGAGAAGAACAUACAGUUAAGUCUGCUGCUCAAAAGAAAAAAGAAAAGAAAGAAAGAGAGAAACAAAAGAAGCAGUCUCAAAAGAUUCAAACACUUAAAAACAAAGUUGUUGAAACUCCUUCUACUGAAGAUAAAGAAGAGGUAUUACUACCUCUUGAAGAAAAGAAAGAUGUUGUAGAAGAUGAAAUGCCUAAGGAUGUUGAUGAAGAAAAAGAGGAAGAAGGUGAUGGAAAAAAGAAGAAGAAAAAAAAGAAAGGAGAGGAAGAUGAUAAGAAAGAUAAAAAGAGACCUGGAAAAAAACAGAUUGCUGCAAUGCAAGAGGCUAUGAAGAAACUUAAAGAGGAGGAAGAGAGACUCAAGUUAGAGGAGGAAGCAAAGCAACGAGCUGCUGAAGAGGCUGAAUGUUUGAGACUUGAAAAGAUUCGUUUAGAGCAAGAAAAAAAAGAGAAGAAAAAACAGAAGGAAAAAGAAAAACGUGAACGAUUAAAAGCAGAAGGAAAGUUACUAUCUAAGGCUCAGAAACAAGCCCGAGCAAGAAUGGAAGCAACUUUAGAAGUUUUAAGACAACAGGGUGUUGAAGUGCCUCAAAAAGGUGAAAAACGAGAACGAGCUCCUCGUCUAGGAGACAGAAAACGUUUUCCAAAAAAGAAAUCUGAGGAGGAAAUUUCAACAGAAUCACAACUUGAAAAUGCUGAAGAGCCUGCUAAAGAACCCACUAAAAUUGAGGUUGCAAUUGUUGGACAUAAAGAAGCUGUUGAUGGUGACUUGGCCAAUAAAAUACCUGUUGAUGGAGAAGUUGUAAAAGAAUCUGAUGCUAAAGUUGCUGAAGAAGUGAAAGAAGCUUGGGAUGAAGAAAGCAGUGGAGAGGAAGAUGAACUUGAAGUGAAUGAUGUUCAAGAUACUGCAGAUGAAAAAUCUGCCGUGAAAGAUGAAAGUGAAGAUGAAGAUGAUGAUGAACAGGAAGAUGAAGAUGAAGAAAGCAGUGAUGAGGAGGAAGAAUCUGAAGAAGAAAGUGGUUCUAGUGAAGAAAGCGAAGCAGACAGGCAUAAAAAUGAGGCAAAGAUUAAGGAACGAGCUAUUGUUAGGAUACAGAAACGAAGGGAAAUGGCAGAAAAGAACCGAACGCUUGAAAAAUUGAGAUCUCCAGUUGUAUGUGUGUUAGGCCAUGUUGACACAGGAAAGACAAAAAUUCUGGACAAGAUUCGUAGGACUCAUGUUCAAGAUGGAGAGGCUGGUGGAAUUACUCAACAAAUUGGUGCAACCAUGGUACCAGUAGAGGCUAUAAAAGAACAAUGUAAAAUGGUGAAAAAUUUUAGCUGUAAUGAUCUUAAACUACCUGGUCUGUUGAUCAUUGACACCCCUGGUCACGAGUCUUUUAGUAACCUUCGUUCGAGAGGCUCAUCGCUUUGUGACAUUGCCAUUCUCGUGGUAGAUAUCAUGCAUGGACUAGAACCACAAACAAUUGAAUCAAUCAACCUUCUGAAACAGAAAAAAACACCAUUUAUAAUAGCUUUAAAUAAAGUAAAAAAAUUAUACAUGUAUAAAUGAGGAAAACAAACUAAAGUUCUACUCUGAAUUAAAAACAUUAAUAACAACAUGAUGACAAGAGCUUAUUUAACCUUCUAUUUUUUUUCUAUGCUUUUGCAGGGUCUCAAUGCAUCUUUGUAUUAUGAAAAUAAGGACACUAGAACCUUUAUUUCAAUGGUUCCUACCUCUGCUAUAUCAGGGGAUGGUAUGGGCAACCUCAUUGGUCUCAUAGUGGAGCUGACUCAGACAAUAAUGGCUAAACGGUUAGCUUUCUCAGAGGAGCUACAGGCUACUGUAUUAGAGGUAAAGGCUAUUCCAGGUCUAGGAACUACAAUAGAUACUGUACUGGUAAAUGGCAGGAUUCGAGAAGGAGACACCAUAAUUCUAGCUGGUCACGAGGGCCCUUUAGUUACACAGAUUCGUUCUUUACUCAUGCCUCAACCACUUAAAGAACUCCGUGUGAAGAAUCUAUAUCAAGAAUUCAAAGAAGUUGAAGGAGCACAAGGAGUUAAGAUAGCUGGAAAAGAUCUGGAUAAAGCCAUUGCAGGCCUACAGUUGCUUGUAGCUCAUCAGCCAGAUGAAAUUGAUAUUUUAAAGGAUGAGGUUAAUUCAUCCCUGCGAGAGGUAAUGAGCUCUUUCAAAUUAGCAGAAAGAGGAGUCUAUGUUCAAGCAUCAACCCUUGGAUCACUUGAAGCUUUACUGGAGUUCCUGCGAGCAUCCAAGAUUCCAUAUUCUGGUAUCCGAAUUGGGCCAGUAGUGAAAAAGGAUGUUAUGAAGGCCUCAAUUAUGUUAGAACAUGAUAGUCAGUAUGCUGUGAUAUUAGCAUUUGAUGUGAAGAUUGAACGUGAUGCCCUGGAAUUAUCUGAGAGUUUAGGAGUGAAAAUAUUUCAGGCAGACAUCAUCUAUCAUUUGUUUGACAAGUUCACAGCCUACAGAGAAGAGCUGAAACAAAAGAAACGAGAAGAGUUCAAACAGGUUGCUGUGUUUCCUUGCAAGUUAAAGAUCUUGCCACAGUUUAUCUUCAAUUCCAGAGAUCCUAUCAUAGUAGGAGUUAGUGUGGAGUCUGGAGUGUUGAAGGAAGGGACACCUCUCUGUGUGCCUUCCCGAGAUUUUCUAGAUGUUGGUACAGUCACAACAAUAGAAAUAAAUCAUAAACCAGUGGAAAAUGCAAGAAAAGGUCAAGAAGUGUGUAUAAAGAUUGAACCUCUAUCAGGGGAGUCUCCUAAGAUGUAUGGACGACAUUUUGAACAUACAGAUCUUCUUGUUAGCAAGAUAAGCCGACAGUCAAUUGAUGCUUGUAAAGACUAUUUCCGUGAGGACUUACUGAAAACUGACUGGCAGCUUAUGGUUGAAUUGAAGAAACUUUUUCAAAUCUUGUGAAUGACAGUGAUGAAUCUGAUAUUCUGCAUUUGAAGGAACUGACUUAAGCCAAAAUUGUAUGCUAUGAACUACAGUUGAUACAAAUUAGAGAAAUAAAAUAGCAAUGCAAAAACAUCUAAAACUUUGUAUCCACCACUCUGUUAAGAUUAUAAACUUUUUGAAGCAUAAAAGUUUAUAACUCCAUCAAUUUACAGAAAGUUUGUCCAUCAAGAAACACAGCAGUAACCAUCCUGUUUAUUAAAUAAUUUGAAAGAAAUACUCUUUUAGUUGAAAUUUAUAAUAUCGUCAUAAAAAGAAGAAAAAAACAAGUUGUGUUUCUAUAUUUAUGGCAUUGAAGAUGUCUAUUUUAAAUAUAUUGCAUGAAGUUCCACCAAAAGGAAUAUAUUGUUCAAUAUGUAGAACAUUUAUUUAAAAACUUGUGGUUGCAGUUACAUUUUAUCAUGAGGAAGUUUUAAUACCCAUUUGUUAGCAGAUGUCAAAUUCUUGGUUUUGUUUUGUACACUAUUUCAAUGUAAAAAAAAAAAAUUAUGGCUGUCAAACUCUAACUAGAUAUUUAUCACUUCUGUUUUGAUUAAACUUUGCAGUUGUGUAUACAACUAUGAAUUGCAGAUUUGAGCUUUCAUCUACACUACUAGGUUGAUAAUAUAUUAUCUCAGUCAAUGGGUAGUUAUUUUCCUUUACAUGUGAAAGGUUGUUUACUGUAGCUUAAUCAUACAUGUAUUUUUAUAGUCAUCUCCCAGUGUUUUUGUUGAGGCUUGGAUGGUGAUUUGAGUUCCAUGCUGAGUCCUUCAGGUUUGUAGCUGUAAACACUAUGAGGGGAUAAUUAAUAUCAACAUGAACCAUGGAGAGGGCUUGAUCUUACUGUAAUGAUAUUUCAUUGGAUGUGGAGAGUGCUGUGGUAGAAUAUAGUUCUAUAUUUUAAUUUUUUGGAUUUGAAGAGAUUUCCAGGGUCUCAGCAUGGAGCCAAAACAUCAACUCAACACAAAGAGAAAUGGCAGGAGAUGUCCAUAAAUAUUCAAAACACUGCCAAGAUCCAGCUUGGAUGUAUACUUAUAGCUUUGUAUUGCAAAAGAGAGUUUAAGACUGUUCAGCUUUUUAGUUAACUCUAGCUAUCCAUUUCUUUGACAUAAUAAAACCCAUACCAUAACCAACUGAGACUUGAAACAACAUCAGCUCUUAUCAAACCACCAAACAAAACUAGUUGAUGACAGAGAAUGUCACUCGAUGAAUAUAGAUUGCCUGAUGAUAGAUGAGGUUGCAUCAAUUUUUUUGAAUGGUCAUGGUAUGAAUUUUGUCACGUAAUAUUUUUUAACAUUACAGCUUACAUCAGUGCAUGGUGGAAAACGGGGUACAAGAUUAAGUUUAAAAACUGGACAGCUAUAAACCCUUUUGCAAUAAAAAUGUAUAAAAUGUGUGCUUGAACACACCCAUAACAAACAUGCUUUACAAUAUAAAAUAAUACAAACUUUCAAUAAGUGAUAUUCAGUAUCAUCAAUUUAGCUGAUAUGAUGAAAGCUUAAAUUGCUUGUAAUUACAGUUUUUAGUUCAAUGCGACAUUGAUAAGAGCUGAUAUGUUUUUUACAUUACAACUUGCACUAGCUCAAGAUGAAAUUAAAAGUUGAGUGAUAGGUGAAGUUGGAAAUCUGUAUAGUCUCAGACUUUCUACUUUUUAAGUAAAAUAAAGGUGUGUGUGCACAAACAAAAACUUUGCUAAGCCAACUUCCACACCUUAAAGUAUACAAAAAGCUCCACUUGGUAAUAUUUUCCAUAAUUUAAAAACUAGCUUGGCUAAUAUGAGUUAAAAUUGCUUCAAACUUGAACUCUCAGUUGGUUAUACAAUGGGUUUUGUUACCUCUUUUGUUUUUAUAUAUAUAUAUUAAAUCUAACUUGUUUCCCCAAAAACUGUGGGAUAUACUUUUACAAAUUAUUGUAAAAAAGAGCAGCUGAAAGAUCUGUCUCCAUGCAUCUGAGAAAACGUUUCUUUUUUUCUAUUGAAAUACUAUUUUGUGCAAAUUAAGAGAAAAGCAGAAGGUCGUGUUUGAAAGUACUAUGAAAUAUGUCACUAGUAUAUACCAAAUUGAUGGACAAAAAAAAGUUGAACUGUCUGAGCUUAACUGUAGUUUUCUGAGGAAGAAAAGUAAAGAUGAAGGUUUUGUGUAAAAGGUGAUUGAAACGAAAUAAAGAAUCUUAGUAUAAAA